UACCAUCGUUCAUAUGGUGUAUGGCAUUUUGUUGUGAUGCUAAACUUUGAAGCUGUUUUCGCAUGCUGCGCAGGUGACUCAUCUACUCGGUGGUUUCCACAUCCAACGCCGGAUUGCACGAUAUCAUCUUCACGAGAGUUAGCUCGAGCUCCUCGGUGUUUCUUGAUGAAUUUCGGAACUGCGAUAGUCGCACCUCUCACGGUCAAACGGCUUGCGAACAGCUUAGGAGCUUGAUGGCUGUCCACUACUUCAUGCGUGUUUCGAGUUGUACUAUACAAAGAUAAGUAGACGGACCAAGACUGCUGAACUCGGAGCUUGCGCCCAUCUUCUUUCGGAAGCGCAUUUCACCAUCCGAUGAUCUAGAACAUCCAGAACGAGAGAAA